AUGCAACCGUGGCUGAAGGUGUCGCUGUUGCUGUGUGUGUUCGGGUUCUUCCGGGAACUGCGACCGUCGGAGCCGUUCGUCACCGAGUUCCUGUCCGGCGAGUGGCGCGAUAUCGAGCCUGAGCAGCUGAACCGCGAUGUAUAUCCAAUCGGCACGUACAGCCAUCUGGGGCUGCUGGUGUUUAUGUUUUUGCUCACGGACAUACUACGAUACAAAUCGAUUAUUACGUUUUCCGCCUGCGUCGGUAUCGUCAUCUGGUCGCUGCUGCUCUGGACCGAGACGCUGGCUGCACUGCAGGUGGUGCAAGUGCUGUACGGUGGCUACAUGGCCUCCGAGGUGGCCUACUACACGUACAUCUACGCCAAGAUCGACCGAGAGAAGUAUCAACAAGUGACGGGCAACACGCGUGCAGCCGUUCUGCUCGGCCGCUUCCUGUCCGGCGUCGUCUCCCAGGUGCUCAUCUCGACCGGUGCCAUGGAUGUACGCGAUCUGAAUUACAUUACCUUCGGAGCGCAAACAUUUUCCCUGCUCUGGUCAUUCGUGCUGCCGUCGGUAAAGACGAGUGUUUACUUCUACUCCCGUGAAAACCUGGAAGCAGUUGGGACCGCCGAUCCGACCAACGUCCCCGAAGGUAACUAUUAUUUACGUGGGUUUCUCGUUCUACUAUCCCCCCCCCGUCUCACAGCAUCCGACGGCACCGGAACCCGGGAGCGGCCGGUGGCGACCAUUGCCACCAUCGAACAUCCUCCGGAAGCAACCCUGAGCCCGAAAUCGAAACCGGCCACCGCACCGCGGGCUACCUUCUCGGCUUCGCGAGCGGUGCGUCUCUUGGGGCGCCAUUUUAUCGCUGCCUACCGGCAAGUCCCGGUCGUCCAGUGGAGCCUCUGGUGGGCGCUGGCGAUGGCCGGCUUCAUACAGGUCCAGGUGUACGUGCAGCUGCUGUGGCACGAGAUCGACGAAGACCAGGGCACGCUGUUCAACGGAGGGGCCGAGGCCGUGCUAACGCUGCUCGGCGCCCUGAGCGCCAUCAUCGCCGGAUACGUGGCGAACCGCAUCUUCGAGCGGUGGGCCCUCUGGAUUCUGACCGUCUGCUCCGGGCUGCAGGGCGGCCUCGUCCUCUACUCCGGCUUCGCCACCAACAUAUGGGUGGCGUACACCCUCUACAUCCUUUUCGGAGCCCUCUACCUGUUUAUGAUUACGAUGGCCAGUGCCAUCGUCGCCAAGUACCUGGAGGAGGACAGCUUCGGACUGAUAUUCGGCAUCAACACGUUCCUGGCAAUCGGCGUCCAGGCGCUCCUCACCCUGGCCACCAUCUCCGAGCGUGGCCUAAUGCUCGAUCCCCGGGAGCAGUUCAAAGUCUACGGGGGCUACUUUCUGGUGCUAUCAAUAAUCUACCUAAUUGCUGCCGUCGUCAGUUUCACCUACGGACUGUGGCCGUGUUGGCGGCCACAGGAGAUCAAGGACGGGCCGGUGGAAAGCCAGCCGCCGGUCCCCUGUAGAACUCCGAGCCUGGGCCAGUAA